AUGUCGGAAAGAGAAGUGUCUUUAGAGAAAUAUAAGGCAGCGCUGCUGCAACAUCGAGAGUUUGAUGCAAAACUAAAAGACCUGCGUUUUGGAAUUCGUGAUUUAGUCAAGAAAUAUGACAAGACCGAAAAUGAUAUAAGGAGUUUGCAGUCUGUAGGUCAAAUAAUCGGCGAGGUCCUAAAGCAGCUUGAUCCGGAGCGUUUUAUCGUGAAGGCUAGUUCUGGUCCUCGCUAUGUUGUUGGAUGUAGAAAUAAUGUGGACAAAUCCAAGUUAAUUCAGGGUGUUCGUGUUUCCUUAGAUAUGACUACCUUAACAAUUAUGCGUUUUCUUCCCCGAGAAGUGGACCCAAUGGUCUAUAACAUGUCUGUUGAGAGUCCUGGUGAGGUGUCGUUCGCAGGUGUGGGUGGUUUAAAUGAACAAAUUCGUGAAUUGAGAGAAGUCAUUGAACUUCCCUUGAAGAGUCCUGAACUGUUUCACCGUGUUGGUAUUAAUCCUCCAAAGGGUGUUUUGCUUUAUGGUCCUCCUGGUACAGGGAAAACGCUUUUAGCUCGUGCUGUUGCAGCUUCUUUGGGAGUUAAUUUCUUGAAGGUUGUCUCCAGUGGUAUUGUAGAUAAGUAUAUCGGUGAAUCUGCUCGUAUUAUUCGUGAAAUGUUUGGUUAUGCUAAAGAGCAUGAGCCAUGUGUUAUCUUCAUGGAUGAAAUUGACGCUAUUGGUGGACGUAGAUUUUCAGAAGGUACUUCUGCCGAUCGUGAGAUUCAACGUACGUUGAUGGAAUUACUAAACCAAAUGGAUGGUUUCGAUUAUUUGGGACAAACUAAAAUUAUUAUGGCUACCAACCGUCCUGAUACCCUUGACCCUGCUUUAUUGCGUCCUGGUCGUCUUGAUCGUAAAAUCGAAAUUCCUCUUCCCAAUGAAGUUGGCCGUAUGGAAAUUUUGAAAAUUCAUCUUGAAAAGGUGUCUAAGCGAGGCGAUCUUGACUACGAAGCUAUUGUUAAGCUUACCGAUGGUACCAAUGGUGCAGAUUUACGAAACGUUGUGACUGAAGCCGGAUUUUUAGCCAUCAAGGAAGACCGGGAUUACAUUAUACAGUCCGAUUUAAUGUCAGCAGCACGUAAGGUAGCUGAUCUUAAGAAACUUGAAGGUACCGUUGAUUAUCAAAAACUUUAA